CCCAAACAACCCAAACCUAAACCCAAAGUUAAAUCUAAUUUGCAGUGCAUUUCAUAACACAAGCAAACAUUUGUUCACUUUAUUCACACACUUUAUUCUAUAACCAAUUAUAGCAUUCAUUUGCAGAGCUUAUAUUCAAUUUGUAUUAACAUUCAAAACCAGUACCCAAAAAGACCUUGAAUUUUAUCACUAGCUAACCAUUAUAUCUAAUAAAUCACUAAAAGUCUUGGAAAGCCUAUCGAAAGUUAUGCAACCGAUUGCUAUAACACACAUCAGUUUGGUCUAAAAAAGUGCACAAAAAUGUUGAAUACUGUGAGAAGAUCUAUACUCCAGAAGCCGUACAAAUCAUCGCUCGAUUCCAUAUGUAAGGCGUGUUUCGCAACUCAACUUCAGGAGCCGUCGGAGCCGCGGGUCGUGACCGCAGUUCCCGGACCUAACUCUUUACGAUUGAAAGAAGAAUUGAAUGCCAUUCAGAAUUCAUCGGCGGUUCAAUUGUUUGUCGAUUAUACCAAAUCCGUGGGCAACUACUUGAGCGAUGCCGACGGCAAUGUGUUCCUCGAUAUAUACAGUCAGAUAUCAUCCAUACCUCUGGGGUAUAAUCAUCCGGCGCUCCUGAAGGCCGCCUCCGAUCCGAGCAAUUUGGCCACAUUUGUGAACAGAGCGGCGCUCGGAAUCCUUCCGCCAAAAGAUUUUGCUGACAAACUGAAGACAGCGCUUCUGUCGAUCGCACCCAAAGGCCUGACUGAAGUGCAGACAAUGGCCUGUGGAAGCUGUUCCGUAGAGAACGCACUCAAAGCGGCCUGUUUUUGGUAUCAGAACCGCGAGAGAAAAGGUGCGGCGCCGAGUGCUGAAGACUUGCAAUCGUGUCUCAAUAACAUGACUCCCGGCGCUCCUAAACUAAGCAUAUUGUCUUUCAAAGGAGGCUUUCACGGCCGCACAUUCGGUGCCCUCAGUUGCACGCAUUCCAAGGCUAUCCAUAAGCUGGAUGUGCCCGCAUUUGAUUGGCCUAUCGCUACAUAUCCUGUAUAUAAAUACCCACUGAAUGAAAACGCGGCCGAAAACGACAAAACCGAUCAAAAAUGUCUGCGAGAAGUGCAAGAGUUGAUCGACGAGUUCGGCCGAAGAGGCGUUCCGGUGGCCGGACUGAUCAUUGAGCCCAUUCAGGGCGAGGGCGGCGAUAAUCACGGAUCCGCUAAGUUCUUCCAAGGAUUGCGCAAAAUAUGCACCAAAAAUGGUGUGGCGUUUAUUGUGGACGAGGUACAAACAGGUGGCGGACCCACUGGACGUAUGUGGGCUCACGAGCACUUCAAUCUGGACGAGAGUCCAGAUAUCGUUACGUUUAGCAAAAAGUUACAAAUCGGUGGCUUUUAUUACAAGAACCCGUUCAGACCGGAUCAACCCUACCGUAUAUUCAACACAUGGUUAGGCGACGCCUCAAAGUUGAUUUUUCUGGAACAAGUGGUUAAAGUAAUGCGAGAACAGAAUCUCAUCGAAAAUAUUGCCAAAACCGGUGAUUAUAUGCUUAAAGGCUUGGAAUCACUGCAAAACAAAUACCCAAACAUAUUGUUGAGGGCAAGAGGAAAGGGAACCUUCUGUGCCAUCGAUUUCCAUACACCAGAACUCAGAGACAAAGCCGUAAAGGUUCUGCACAAAAAUGGCAUUCACUGCGGAGGUAGUGGUGCGGCGACACUGCGAGUGCGAACAACUCUAACCUUCAACAACACUCACGUCGAUAUCUUCCUCAAGAAGUUUGAGUUAUCGCUGAAAGAACUCAAUUAAUAAUUACUUUUAUCUUUAAUCCACUAUUGAUUGCAAUUCUUUUUGAUAUUAAUGUCUUCCAUAAAAAACUAUAUUAUCUGUUAUUUCGUCU